AUGCUUUCGCACAUUGCAAUUGUGACAGCCUUGGCUUCAAUUUCGAUUGCGGCGACCCUUUCACAAGCCAAUGCCACAUAUGAGUACAUAGUCGUCGGUUCCGGUCCCGGAGGCGGGCCACUGGCCGCCAACCUCGCCCGCGCAGGCCAUACGGUACUGCUCCUCGAAGCCGGCGACGACCAGGGGUCCAACCCGAACAUAUCUCAAAUCCUAAACUUCAACCGAGCCGGAAACGAUCCGUCAACGCGUUGGGACUUCUUCGUGAAGCACUCGGACGACCAGGACCGCGAGGCCAAGUACGAACACCUGGUGUGGAAAAAGGAAGAUGAAGGGUUCUACGUGGGUACGAAUCCGCCGGGGAAUGCCCAGCAGCUGGGCAUCUAUUAUCCAAGAGCUGGGACGUUGGGUGGUUGUGCGAUGCAUAAUGCGGGCGUGAGUGCGAUGCCUCCGGCGGCGGAUUGGGACCACAUUGCAGAUAUGACGGGCGAUGAAACGUGGAGAGCGGCCAAUAUGAGGAAGUAUCUCACCAAGAUUGAGAACGCUGUGUAUACGCCCAAUGACAGGAACCACGGGCACUCGGGAUAUCUCACCUUGACUCAAUCCGGGGUGAACGUGGCCAACUCCUCGGAUGGACGGACUUUGAUUGAGGCCAUGGCUCAGGCGCUCGGCUUGGGCAAUGUCGCCAUCGAAGAUCUGCUGAAAAGAGACAUGAACGCAGACGAUGCACAGAGAGACGAAAGUACGGGCAUUUUCGGACAACUGAGGCACGCCGAUGCGCAGGGAAGAAGGGUGGGCACCAACACUUACAUUCGGGCGACUCUGAAAGAUCCACAAGCAUUUCCACUUACCGUUCAGUUGAACUCGCUGGUCACCAAGGUCCUCUUCACGGCUUCAAACUCCAGUUCGCCAACGGCCGUUGGCGUGGAAUAUCUCUACGGCAAGAGCCUGUACAGCGCCGACCCGCGCUACAAUGCGAGCGCCGAGGGCGAAGUGCGGCAGGUCUUUGCGUCCCGCGAAGUCAUCAUCGCCGGAGGCGUUUUCAAUACGCCGCAGAUUAUGAAAUUGAGUGGGAUUGGUCCAGCUGCUGAACUCGAGAAGCACAACAUACCCGUCAUUGUCGACUUACCUGGGGUGGGAGCACGCAUGGCAGACAAUUACGAGACGAGCCUCAUCAGCCUGGCAUCCCGGGACCUGAUCAAUACGAGUGGCACACAUGCUGUUAUGCUCAAGUCUAGCGUAGCGGCGGGCAGGGAGCGAGACCUGUACCUAUUUUGCGGGGCCUUCUCCUUCGAAGGAUACUGGCCUGGAUUCCCCACAGACUAUGGCAAAAGCCAGUACGAAUGCGCCGUCGUGUACAUUCCGAGCCGGAAUGCAGGUUCAGUGCUCCUGCGCUCUUCGAACCCGCGCGAUACACCAGAGAUCAACUUCCGCUUCUACGAAAAUGGGGGCGACCAAGAUUUGACCGCGAUGUUGGAGGGCGUCAAGUGGGCGCGUGCGGUUUUCCAAAACGUUUCCAGUAGUCUCGGGCCCUGGAAAGAGGUCCAUCCAUGCAAGCAUCCAAGGACGGAUUGUUCGGAGGAAGAACAGAAGGACUGGAUCCGCCUGCAGACCUACUCCCAUCAUGCUACAUCCACAUGUCAGAUAGGCGCGGACGGGGACAAGAUGGCUGUACUCGACAGUAAAUUCAGGGUAAGGGGGGUAAAACGACUGAGGGUGGUGGAUGCCAGUGCAUUCCCAAGGGUGCCCGGCGCAUUUCCUGUGUUACCGACAUUCGUCUUGAGCGAAAAGGCGACGGAAAGUAUUCUAGAGGAUGUCCGCAAGGGACGAGAAUAA